UGACCGCUGAACGUGACUUGGACUAUUUCCCUUGACGAACGAGGUUUCAACUUGUUCAAGUUUUUUUGAAGCGAGUUUCCCGUUUCCCUUUCUUACAUCAUGUCUGCUAUUCAGAACAAUGUCGAGUCGGCUUCGGCGGCCUACUCUGCGGAAUUCACCAAGGGCCACCUGGCCUUGCCUCCGGCGAAGAAAUACCUCGUCGUGACCUGUAUGGACGCGCGGAUUGACCCGGCUCAAGCAUUCGGCAUCGAGCUGGGUGAGGCGCAUGUGAUCCGAAAUGCUGGCGCAUCCGCCCUCGACGCCCUCCGUAGCAUCGUCAUCUCCGAACAGCUGCUGGGCACAACCGAGAUCGUCCUGGUCAAGCAUACCGGGUGUGGUAUGUUGACGUUUGCCAACGACGCCGCGUACGACAUUGUCGAUAAGAAUCUGGGUGCCGAGGCAUUGGGCGAACUUAAGGAUCGCAAACUCGACUUCCUGGCGUUCCCGGAUUUGGAACAGGCCGUCAAGGAUGACAUUGAAUUUCUGAAGGGGACCAGACUCGUACCGGAAACUGUUACACUUAGCGGAUGGAUCUACGAGGUCGAGACGGGAAAGACGAGGCGCGUGGUCUAAGGUAGAUAUUUACGAAGCGGCAUCCAGGAUGACUGGCGCGGUGAAGGACGGCAUGAAAUGGGGAGGGGGGCGUUAGUAUGGCGGGCGG